AAGAUAUAGAAAAAAUUAAUGACACGGAAAGUGUAGAGAAUAGAAAAGAUACAAAUGAUUUCGAAGAAUCUGAUAAUAUAAAAAAUGGGGAAGGCUUUGAAUAUCUAAAUGACAUAGAAGAUAAAAAUAUAAAUUUAAUUGAUGUAUUUGAUGCAUAUAAUGAUUUUGGUACUGAAAUUCCUCUUUUAAAUACAUUUAAUGCAAUAACUUGGACUGCAGAAGUGUGGGAUAAUGUAACUGAUGAUAUUAUUUAUCGAAGUUGGGCAAGAACAGCUAAAGAUUAUAUUAAUAUUGAUUCUUGUUUAGAAACAACAGGAAUUCCUAAUGUUGAAGAAGAAAUCAAUGAUGCAAUUUCACCAGUUUCACAUAAAACAGUAUUAGAAAGUAUUGAAAAUAUAUAUAAUUAUUUACAACAACAACGAAAUUUAAAUAUUAAACAUUCAUUUAUAGUAAAUUUAAAAGAUUUACAGCAUCAAAUUCGUCUAAAUCAAAUUUCAUUAUCAAAACAAUGA